AUGAACGUGAACAUGUUUCAUAACUCAGUCAAACAAUUGGCACAUAGAGUAGAUAAUGCUCUUAGAACAAUUUCUGAGAAUUACUCUUCAUUAUCGUCUAUAUCCACUCCUGAAGUGAUUGAAGGUCGUAAAGAUGUUGCUCCAUUACCCAAACAUAGACUUGAUACCGUUGCUAUGAUUGAUGCUACUACAUUAGAUGCUGCUCAAUCAUCUAAGCGUCAACGUGUUUCUACUUCUGUGGAGAACUCAGAUCACUUGGUGACUCAACUCUCAUCACUAAACCAUGAUUCCUAUGACUCGCUUCAAAUACUAGCCGGUUUAUUAGACAAUGAUACUGAGAUGAGUAUGACAGUUAAAGACUUACAUCGUAGGUAUAAAGAUUUGGCACAAAUGACAGUUAUUCCUAAUGGUGCCAGGGUAGGGCAGGGUGGAACAACACUAGUGUUCCUACUCCCCAAAUUACGCUUUCUUCCUCCCAUGUAG